CAUUUGAAUAUAUCCCCGAUUCUGAAAUCACUGGACUCACCGGUUCCGAAGAGGAUCUCCUAGAUAAAACUUUAUCUAUCGACGAACAACCACCGAAAAUUAUUAAGAAAUUGCCANUGUGGAUUGCCGCUAAAUGCUCGCCAUCGAUAGUUAAUGAAUUGCGUGAUUGCCGUGCAGCCAGCGGCGAAAUAGCCAAAUUCGAAAUUCAAUUUGCAGGAAAUCCCAAACCAGAUAUACAAUGGUAUUUUAACAAUGUACAGCUUAGAGAAUCUAACAAAUAUCGCUUGAGAAUCGAGGAAACUGUUGCUACGCUUGAAAUUUUGAAUGUCACAUAUGAAGAUAUCGGUUUCUAUACAUGUAAAUUGAUCAAUGAAAUCGGUAUGACAAUGUCGCGUGGCAAAUUCGAUCUUGCCACUACUACAACAAUCACUGAGACGGAAGCUGAACAAAAAUUAAAGAGCAAAAAGAAGACCGUAGUUAAGAAAUCAACUGGCAGGAAAUCCAGUGAACAACAACAAAAAGUACAUAAAACCGAAAUAUCAAUUGUACCCGCUGAAGAAUCGGAAGAAAUUGAGACGAGCGUCAAUGUGAUUAAGGUGCGCAGACCAGUAUCUGUGUUGGUUGAAGAGAGUGGCGUAUCUGAAGUGAUGGAAGUGAAGGAUCGUAAGAUCGCCGAUGCUGAAUUAUUGGCAUCGCAACAAACGAGUAAAACAGUAACUACAACCACCACAACGACUACAAAAACAACCGAAACAAUUGAGAUUACCGAAACAGUGGAAAUAAUACGUCGGAAAAUCUCACAAAAAAUAAUUACAAUUGAAGAUCUCCUAGUCAUACGACAGCAUGAAGAAAUCAAUGAUUUGCUCGAAAUAAUUGAUGCCGAAUCCUUUGGCACUACAGGCGAGGCAGCUUUACGUGAUUUGGCCACAAUUGGGCUUCUGUUGCGUUAUGGCUGCACUACUCAUGAAAUAAUCUACAUGUAUGAGCAGAAUAUUUUCGUUGCAUUACAAAAGGCGGAAUCGCAAGCUGCGCUGGUACAGCUAGUCGAACGUGAAGGUCACGAAGAAUUGAUAACUCAGAUAUUGAGUGAAUCAACGACAGAGGAUGAGACGGUCUUGGCGGCUACAGUGGGUUUCAAGGCUUUCAUACGCAUGAUUGAAACGUGUGAAAUAACAAUUGAGAGAGUUAUAAGGAGAUUUGUAAGAGAAGAUUUUAUUACGCAAGAUUGGACGAUAUCAUCCAAAGAGAGGACAAUUGAAACUUCGCAAGUAAUUGAAAGUCAUGAGGCCAUAACGCAUAUUAAAUAUGAGGAAACAUUCGUCGAGGAACGUACGCUAGUCGUCGAAGAAGGUUUGAAUAUAGAAACUGAACAAUUGUUUUUUUACUUACUUACAUUCGCAUUCACAGAAACAUCAGCACCUUUGAUAGCCACACAUGUGGAUGAGAAAAUCAUACAACAAGUGCAAGAACAACAACAACAACAAGUACAACAUGAACAAACAAUUAUCAUACAACAACAACAACAACAACAAGCGGCAGAAGAAAUUGUCGUUAAACGCGAAAAAGUCACAAAGAAGAAAAAGAAAGUAUCACAACAACAACAACAACAAAUCCAAGAAUUCACAGAAAUCCAAGAGCAUCUAGAAACAACCAUACAGAAAGACUUACAAGCAAAUGAAACAGUCGAGGAUUUCUACACCGACACAGUAAAGAGCAUACAACAUGCAGACAUAGCAUACGAAACCAUACAAAUUGAAACACAAUCACAAGAAAAUAUCGAAACCACAGCUCUAACACAGGUUUCCCAGGUGUCUAUAGAACGGCCGGAGCCGAAAGUGGCACAUCCUCAAAUCGCACCAGUGAAGACUGUGGCCAUACAAGAGGAAUCGAAUACGCUCGAAAUGGAGGAAGGUCUACGGCCGCAACAUAGGCAUACAAAAGAAAAAUUGCAUGAAACUAAAGCGGAAGUUGAACGUCGUGCGCCGGAAGUUUCGGAAGUAGAAACAAAACAAGUAACAGCAGAGCUGAUAAUCGAAACGCAACCAAAACCUGCACAAGCUUCCACAGCUUUGGACAAAACGGAGUCAGUGCUGGUAGAGAAGCCAUUUAUUGAGGAUGCGAUCAAGGGUUUGGAAAGCGCUGAAAUACCAGAGCAGUAUGUUAAGCCCACAUUGGUGCCACACAUUUCACAGCAACAACAGCUAGAGUUGACAACUGCAAUUGCUGUGGGAGAGCUACCAGUAGAAGCAGCACGCGAGCUGCCCACUGAAAAAGUCUUGACAGAAUAUGUGGCUCACAAAAGCGUAAUCGUUGAUCAAUUAAUAAGCACUGAAUUGGCUGAAAAGCUCGAAUAUAAGCAGUCACCUGCCGAGAAGCAAGCACCCGUUCAAGUUGUGGCCUCAGAGACAAGCCUUCAAGUGAUAGAAAUUCAGCCACAAGAUACAGCUGAAGCUUAUGAAACGCAUGCCUUUGCUACUGAUUCGGCACGACCAGAAAUAGUGGAGCAUACAGCUUACGUAGCGCAAGAAGAAAAGCCAAUUGAUAAAGAGGAUGUUUUUCAAAAGCACGCUGUACCUUCAAAAGCUUUUGCAAACGUGGAAAUUACGCCAGAAACUGCGCCACUGGAGGUGACACAAAGUGAAACAGCGGAUACAGCACUAGACUUGAAACCGAAGAAGCUGCCGGAUGCGAGUAGUGCAAUCGAGCGCUUGAUACUACAACAAAGUGUGAUUGGGACACAGCCCGACUUGCAAAGCCCGCUGGUUGAAGUGCCGCAAACGGAUCUGUCAACCAGACAGGCAGAGCUCAAUGUAAUUGAAAAUGUACACAUUAUCGGUGCAGAAGUCAUAACUCUAGAGGAACGGCCUACAGAACUUGUGCCUCAAGUAGAACCAAAGCAGGUCAUUGCAGAGGCUGAACAAGCACACAGCUUGGUUGUGGGACAAAUAAAUGAAGCGUUGACUGAAGAGCGCACACACGCACUCCAAGAAGACAUACUUCCCACAGAAAAAAUUACUAAAAGUACACUAACAACAGCGAAUGCAGUGGCAUUACGCACAGAAAGUUUAAUUUGUGACGCAACAGCAAUAGUGGAUAGCACACAGCCAAUUCCGCAGCAUACCAAACUCGGGUAUGAAGCAGCCACAGCCGUCGCUGAUGUCGGCACUAUACAGCCACAUGAAAAGGAAAUUACUAUGCCGACUCAAAAUCCUGAAACAGCGGAAGCCAAAUUCUUGUUUGUUGAGCAAAAUUCAUUGUCGAUUACAGACAAUCAAGCAGUGGAUACCGCGGGUGAUUGGCAGGCAGCACUGCAACCUUUCAGUCAAACGGCCAGUCACAAGCAAACUGAAAUUACGCUAGCGGCACCCAGCAUACUGGAGGUACGGCCACAAGCAAGACCCGAAAACUUAGACACGGAUACGCCGAAAUUGGGUGAAGCCACAAAAACAAUCGAUACUAUGAUUGGUGGCGUCAGCGAAGUGCAAAAUGUAUUGGAAUCGCACACAGAACUCACAACGGCAGAACAGCGCAUCGAGAAAACUAUCUUGCCUGUACCAGGCAGGACAAUGCAGUCGCUGGCCGUUUAUGAAGUGCAGACUACCGAAAUGGACGAAGCUCUCCACACGCCAGAUAAACCAACAUUACAUACAUUACACGAAACCACACCCGAAACAUGCACACCACUGGAACACACAGAAGUGCUAACAUUGCACACGAUACGCGACACCGAAGAGCAAACCACACCGCAAACGGCCGUGGCCGAGUUCAGCAUGCAAGCACAAAGAGCUAAAAAAGUCCAACAGCAAACGACGUUGGACACUGCAAGCGCACUCACGAUCGAGGAAAUGCCAGCCAAACAACUAUCCGGUGAAGUUUUCGAUUUGAUUCAGUCUUUAGAAGUCACUACCACAGCAACUCACGAAAAGGAGGCGACCCUAGCACAGCCCGAACAGCCCGAUACAAAGCAGGCAGUAGCGCUCGACACAGCUACAUUGCCUGUUGCUAAUACGAAGAGUACGCAACCAAUUGAGACUUUAGCCGCACUUGUCGAGUCCGAUUUAAAUAAGCAGCGUGCGCGCUUUAGUUUUACUGAAAUUGUAUCUACCGUGCAAUCGUCGGAUGAAGCACUCGAUUAUGUUGAAGAAUAUCGACGUAAACAAGCGCAGGCGGGCACUGUUGACAACGUGGAGUUAGUCGCGAACAAAUCCGCGUUAGAAGUGCUGACCACAAUCACUAGCGAAAAUGAGGAGGCGCAUGCCAGCGUAAAACCAAAAACAAAAGGGCCAGCCGAGGUAAAAAUUAAUGAGUUAACUCAAAAGGCGGCUGUCAUACAUACGCCUUACGUACAUGAUACCACUGGUGAAUUGAAAGGUGUAGAAUCACUUGAAACCAUCGGGAAGCCGACAACUGAUAGUAUCUAUGGAAUUUCAAUUCAUGAGAAAAAUGUCUUCGAAAGAGAAGCCAGCUUGGAGAGUCGCCCCAAAGAAAAAGAAUUCCUGGCAACAGUAAGUUUCAGCACGGAAGAUGCAAAAUUAAUACAACAAAGCAUAAUGUAUGAGCGAGAAAAGGAAUUUAAGGAAGUUAAGCCAUAUGAAACAACAGCGCAGGCAACAGCACCCGAGGACACGCUGAAAUUGCCACUGAGCGAAAAUGUCUUCAAUUUAGAGAGCGUUGGCGCAGUCGACAAUCUGAAGCUAUCCACCACAUCAGCAAUUUCGCAAUACCAGAACCUAAAUGAGACUAUAAUAUCCGAAAUCAUUGCUUAUGAAGACUCCCGGCCCGGUGACAUGGCACUGCCAAAGCACGAAGAACAGCCGCUCGCGAGCACUUUCACACUUGCCGAACAUGCGGCAAUAGCCAGUGAAAAUGUUGUAAUCGAAGAUGCGAAACUUUUCCAGGACAAGCCAGCAUUCGAUGCGAAAAAUGCACGGUCAGCCGCGAGUGAACAAAUGCACCACGCACCGGUACUCGAGCAAACUAACAUACUACAAGCUGCCAGCGCUUUAACGCUACCGGAACUUCAACCGGAUAGAGCAAGGGAAGGUGCAGAGAAAUCAUUACUAACAACAAACUUAGUCAAACAAGAAGAUAUCUACGAAAACUACACGCCCGUUAAAGACACGGAUGCAGCGCCAGCUCAGCACGCUAACAUCGAACACGAAAUUCACUAUUUGCCUACAAUACAAUCCGAUCAACCCGUAGAGCGAGAGAGCGCAUUCAAGUCGGCUAAACUGUCAGAUUCGCAUGCAAGUGAUAGUAUCAUAACCAAAUCAUUGAGCUUACCAAUAGUAAAUGAGACGACAGCAGCUGAAGCACCGCAUCCACUGAAUGAAANCGCUAACAUCGAACACGAAAUUCACUAUUUGCCUACAAUACAAUCCGAUCGACCCGUAGAGCGAGAGAGCGCAUUCAAGUCGGCUAAACUGUCAGAUUCGCAUGCAAGUGAUAGUGUCAUAACCAAAUCAUUGAGCUUACCAAUAGUAAAUGAGACGACAGCAGCUGAAGCACCGCAUCCACUGAAUGAAGAUGCGACCUCACUUACACAAAUUAAAUCCUCCCUUGUGGGUUCUCAAUAUGAAGUGUCUAUUUCACAAGUUCACCCUUAUGAAGGCACCACUGAAUUACCAGCAAAAGACAUUGCGUCUACCGCCACACCAAAUCUCAAUUUAGAAAGCAGUAAUAGGCCGGCACAAGUCGAAACUCUCACUAACGUAUACGCCAAAGAAGGAGAUGUGGAGAAAUUCAAAAUCGAUGAACAGCGCGCGAAACCUUAUGUGGAAGGCAUGUUGACCGAAACUAUUACUACCGGCGUAACCGCGUACGAAAAAGCCGAUUCACUUCAAGCUUUAGAGUAUUCAGCGAAAGCGGCUAAAACGUCCAUGGAUGAGCAUACACAACAAUUACAGGUUAAACAACUCGAUGUCAUUCUACAAAAGGAAACUACCCUCGAAACGGCAAUUAAAGCCGAGAAUGUCACACCAUAUAUUGAAGGCACCCAACACGAAAUGCUUGUAACAGAGAUAGCUACCGUGGAACCACUAACUGAGCUACCUCUGACGCUCGAAAAAUCAGAUAAAACGGCACGGCAUGUCAUAGACGACAGCAUACGUCAAGCGCAGACAAUAGCCACCCCGUUGCUAUUAGAAAAAGAAAGUGUAACUAACACCGAGGCGCCUAUAAAAUACACUGCAAAACUGCAAAGAGAACAAGUGCAAAAUGAUAAAACCGUUACUGAAUUGACGCCAUAUGAAGACGUAAAAAGUCUACCAGACACUGCGGCCGUUACACCCCAAAACGCAAGCGCUCGCUUUGAUUCCAAACCAAUAUUGGCAAACAUAACUACCCUCCAAGAAGCACUCAUAAAAGAGGAUGGCAUUGCCGGGCUCAGGCCGGAACAGGGUAUGGCAGAGGUUGUGUCGGGCAAAAAUAUAGCCUUUACAACCGAGGAAAUAAUUAGCCUGAAUCUUAUAACUGAAACAUACGAUUUGAAAGCUCCGCCCGGAAUUUUGGCCAAAACUACACAUGAAGAGUUGAAUGAAGGUAAAACCAUAGCCGAAUUCCUGUCAUAUGAGAGCAGCACUGCACUGCAAACAAAGGCGCCGACACAGCUAUUGCCACAAGCUGUUCUAGUCGAAGGAAAAACAAAAUCCCUAGAAAAAACAGAAAUAGAGGUGUUUGAAAAUGUCGAGGAAGCUGGCGAAUUUAAGCCUCGCGGUAUUGAACGCCUCCAGGCAACUGUAGUUUUGCCAGAACUUAAAGCUCCAAUCGUUGACGAGAUUGCAAUCAAACCUCCACUCGACCAUAUUGAAACCAUCAAACCUUCCCAAGAAACCGCAACAGCGAUAAGGGAAGAGCAGGAUAAUGUAUUGGUAAAUACGUUAACGACUUUUGAAAGCAUCGUUAGCAUACCAACAAAUGAAAUACUUGAAAAACGACAGGCACAACCUCGUGUGAGCGAUGCCGAAUACACAGCCAUCACAACUGAGCCCAUUAUAUCCGGUACUAUAAACCAGCUACAGGACGACAAACAAAUAGAUCAACAUGCAGUUAUUAAAAUCACACCACAUAGUACGUAUUUGAAUGAACAACCUAUCAUCCAGGAUAAUCUUCACACACUAGACACACACACACAUACAUUGGACACGGCGAAAGUUCAAAUAAUACCGCAAUAUGCAAUUAAUAGCGAAGAUUUGCAAACAUUCGAGCAGACGAUUCCUCAUUCCACAGAUCUGUCGAGACAAAUCACAAUAGCACCUACACUAGAAACGGAUAUGACAAAUACCGCGCUACAAACAACACAAUUUAUUGCUGAAAGCUCUGAUAUAUACAAACAUACUUCAUCAGCUGAAAAGUCCGCCCAAACUAUAAGUACUUAUCAUCCACACAUCACAAUCGAUCAACAAGCUGUUGUUGAACUAGAAAAGGAAACAACGCUAACCACAACAAAACCAAAAUCUCCCCAACAACUACAAACACUAAUCGAACAACCAAAUUACAUACUCCCUAUACAACACACGGAAAUUAUAAACGAAAGUGCGAUAGGCUUCGAUAUUCAGGAAAGUUUAAGAGAAGCUAUAAAAAACCCAAAAACAAAGAGCGCUGAGUCUUUAGAAGCAAUCUGUGUAGAGGUAAUACCCAAAUAUCAUACCACAGAUCACAUACAAGAAGAUAGUGUAUCACAACAAAAACCCAAGUAUAAACAAGAAAUCGCAUUUGACCAAUUAGAAAUUCAUACACAUAGUGUAAAAACUCCGCUCGACACACCGAAAACAACUCACACCACAGAACACAAAACACUACAAAAAACACUUAUUCCCGACGAAGCUAAGACCACGGAAAUGCCAGAAGAAACAAGAAUAGUAGAGACCAUCUCUGAAGACGGCAAGCCAAAGAAGAAGAAGAUCCGUACUCGUGUCAUCAAGAAGGUAAAGGGUGGCAAACAAGAGGUCACGAAGAUUGAAACCGUCGAAGAAGAUGACAAACAACCCGAAACAACUGUAACAGUCGAAGAAAGUCCUGUCGAGGAGACACUCGAAGAAGUGAAAGAAAUGCCCGAAGAAGGGCGUGUGAUUGAUACCAUCUCUGAAGACGGCAAACCAAAGAAGAAGAAGAUCCGUACUCGCAUCAUCAAGAAGGUGAAGGGUGGCAAACAAGAGGUCACGAAGAUUGAAACCGUCGAAGAAGAUGACAAACAACCCGAAACAACUGUAACAGUCGAAGAAAGUCCUGUCGAGGAGACACUCGAAGAAGUGAAAGAAAUGCCCGAAGAAGGGCGUGUGAUUGAUACCAUCUCUGAAGACGGCAAACCAAAGAAGAAGAAGAUCCGUACUCGCAUCAUCAAGAAGGUGAAGGGUGGCAAACAAGAGGUCACGAAGAUUGAAACCGUCGAAGAAGAUGACAAACAACCCGAAACAACUGUAACAGUCGAAGAAAGUCCUGUCGAGGAGACACUCGAAGAAGUGAAAGAAAUGCCCGAAGAAGGGCGUGUGAUUGAUACCAUCUCUGAAGACGGCAAACCAAAGAAGAAGAAGAUCCGUACUCGCAUCAUCAAGAAGGUGAAGGGUGGCAAACAAGAGGUCACGAAGAUUGAAACCGUCGAAGAAGAUGACAAACAACCCGAAACAACUGUAACAGUCGAAGAAAGUCCUGUCGAGGAGACACUCGAAGAAGUGAAAGAAAUGCCCGAAGAAGGGCGUGUGAUUGAUACCAUCUCUGAAGACGGCAAACCAAAGAAGAAGAAGAUCCGUACUCGCAUCAUCAAGAAGGUGAAGGGUGGCAAACAAGAGGUCACGAAGAUUGAAACCGUCGAAGAAGAUGACAAACAACCCGAAACAACUGUAACAGUCGAAGAAAGUCCUGUCGAGGAGACACUCGAAGAAGUGAAAGAAAUGCCCGAAGAAGGGCGUGUGAUUGAUACCAUCUCUGAAGACGGCAAACCAAAGAAGAAGAAGAUCCGUACUCGCAUCAUCAAGAAGGUGAAGGGUGGCAAACAAGAGGUCACGAAGAUUGAAACCGUCGAAGAAGAUGACAAACAACCCGAAACAACUGUAACAGUCGAAGAAAGUCCUGUCGAGGAGACACUCGAAGAAGUGAAAGAAAUGCCCGAAGAAGGGCGUGUGAUUGAUACCAUCUCUGAAGACGGCAAACCAAAGAAGAAGAAGAUCCGUACUCGCAUCAUCAAGAAGGUGAAGGGUGGCAAACAAGAGGUCACGAAGAUUGAAACCGUCGAAGAAGAUGACAAACAACCCGAAACAACUGUAACAGUCGAAGAAAGUCCUGUCGAGGAGACACUCGAAGAAGUGAAAGAAAUGCCCGAAGAAGGGCGUGUGAUUGAUACCAUCUCUGAAGACGGCAAACCAAAGAAGAAGAAGAUCCGUACUCGCAUCAUCAAGAAGGUGAAGGGUGGCAAACAAGAGGUCACGAAGAUUGAAACCGUCGAAGAAGAUGACAAACAACCCGAAACAACUGUAACAGUCGAAGAAAGUCCUGUCGAGGAGACACUCGAAGAAGUGAAAGAAAUGCCCGAAGAAGGGCGUGUGAUUGAUACCAUCUCUGAAGACGGCAAACCAAAGAAGAAGAAGAUCCGUACUCGCAUCAUCAAGAAGGUGAAGGGUGGCAAACAAGAGGUCACGAAGAUUGAAACCGUCGAAGAAGAUGACAAACAACCCGAAACAACUGUAACAGUCGAAGAAAGUCCUGUCGAGGAGACACUCGAAGAAGUGAAAGAAAUGCCCGAAGAAGGGCGUGUGAUUGAUACCAUCUCUGAAGACGGCAAACCAAAGAAGAAGAAGAUCCGUACUCGCAUCAUCAAGAAGGUGAAGGGUGGCAAACAAGAGGUCACGAAGAUUGAAACCGUCGAAGAAGAUGACAAACAACCCGAAACAACUGUAACAGUCGAAGAAAGUCCUGUCGAGGAGACACUCGAAGAAGUGAAAGAAAUGCCCGAAGAAGGGCGUGUGAUUGAUACCAUCUCUGAAGACGGCAAACCAAAGAAGAAGAAGAUCCGUACUCGCAUCAUCAAGAAGGUGAAGGGUGGCAAACAAGAGGUCACGAAGAUUGAAACCGUCGAAGAAGAUGACAAACAACCCGAAACAACUGUAACAGUCGAAGAAAGUCCUGUCGAGGAGACACUCGAAGAAGUGAAAGAAAUGCCCGAAGAAGGGCGUGUGAUUGAUACCAUCUCUGAAGACGGCAAACCAAAGAAGAAGAAGAUCCGUACUCGCAUCAUCAAGAAGGUGAAGGGUGGCAAACAAGAGGUCACGAAGAUUGAAACCGUCGAAGAAGAUGACAAACAACCCGAAACAACUGUAACAGUCGAAGAAAGUCCUGUCGAGGAGACACUCGAAGAAGUGAAAGAAAUGCCCGAAGAAGGGCGUGUGAUUGAUACCAUCUCUGAAGACGGCAAACCAAAGAAGAAGAAGAUCCGUACUCGCAUCAUCAAGAAGGUGAAGGGUGGCAAACAAGAGGUCACGAAGAUUGAAACCGUCGAAGAAGAUGACAAACAACCCGAAACAACUGUAACAGUCGAAGAAAGUCCUGUCGAGGAGACACUCGAAGAAGUGAAAGAAAUGCCCGAAGAAGGGCGUGUGAUUGAUACCAUCUCUGAAGACGGCAAACCAAAGAAGAAGAAGAUCCGUACUCGCAUCAUCAAGAAGGUGAAGGGUGGCAAACAAGAGGUCACGAAGAUUGAAACCGUCGAAGAAGAUGACAAACAACCCGAAACAACUGUAACAGUCGAAGAAAGUCCUGUCGAGGAGACACUCGAAGAAGUGAAAGAAAUGCCCGAAGAAGGGCGUGUGAUUGAUACCAUCUCUGAAGACGGCAAACCAAAGAAGAAGAAGAUCCGUACUCGCAUCAUCAAGAAGGUGAAGGGUGGCAAACAAGAGGUCACGAAGAUUGAAACCGUCGAAGAAGAUGACAAACAACCCGAAACAACUGUAACAGUCGAAGAAAGUCCUGUCGAGGAGACACUCGAAGAAGUGAAAGAAAUGCCCGAAGAAGGGCGUGUGAUUGAUACCAUCUCUGAAGACGGCAAACCAAAGAAGAAGAAGAUCCGUACUCGCAUCAUCAAGAAGGUGAAGGGUGGCAAACAAGAGGUCACGAAGAUUGAAACCGUCGAAGAAGAUGACAAACAACCCGAAACAACUGUAACAGUCGAAGAAAGUCCUGUCGAGGAGACACUCGAAGAAGUGAAAGAAAUGCCCGAAGAAGGGCGUGUGAUUGAUACCAUCUCUGAAGACGGCAAACCAAAGAAGAAGAAGAUCCGUACUCGCAUCAUCAAGAAGGUGAAGGGUGGCAAACAAGAGGUCACGAAGAUUGAAACCGUCGAAGAAGAUGACAAACAACCCGAAACAACUGUAACAGUCGAAGAAAGUCCUGUCGAGGAGACACUCGAAGAAGUGAAAGAAAUGCCCGAAGAAGGGCGUGUGAUUGAUACCAUCUCUGAAGACGGCAAACCAAAGAAGAAGAAGAUCCGUACUCGCAUCAUCAAGAAGGUGAAGGGUGGCAAACAAGAGGUCACGAAGAUUGAAACCGUCGAAGAAGAUGACAAACAACCCGAAACAACUGUAACAGUCGAAGAAAGUCCUGUCGAGGAGACACUCGAAGAAGUGAAAGAAAUGCCCGAAGAAGGGCGUGUGAUUGAUACCAUCUCUGAAGACGGCAAACCAAAGAAGAAGAAGAUCCGUACUCGCAUCAUCAAGAAGGUGAAGGGUGGCAAACAAGAGGUCACGAAGAUUGAAACCGUCGAAGAAGAUGACAAACAACCCGAAACAACUGUAACAGUCGAAGAAAGUCCUGUCGAGGAGACACUCGAAGAAGUGAAAGAAAUGCCGGAAGAGGUUCGUAUUGUUGAAACCAUCUCUGAAGACGGCAAACCAAAGAAGAAAAAGAUCCGUACUCGUGUCAUAAAGAAGGUAAAGGGUGGCAAACAAGAGGUCACGAAGAUCGAAACCGUCGAAGAAGACGAUAAACAGCCCGAAACAACAGUCACAAUUGAAGAAACUCCUGUCGAGGAGACACACGAAGAAGUGAAAGAAAUGCCCGAAGAGGUGCGUGUGAUUGAAACCAUCUCUGAAGACGGAAAACCAAAGAAGAAGAAGAUCCGUACUCGUGUCAUCAAGAAGGUAAAGGGUGACAGACAAGAGGUCACGAAGAUCGAAACCGUCGAAGAAGAUGAUAAACAGCCCGAAACAACUGUCACAGUUGAAGAAACUCCUGUCGAGGAGACACCCGAAGAAGUGAAAGAAAUGCCCGAAGAGGUGCGUGUGAUUGAAACCAUCUCUGAAGACGGCAAACCAAAGAAGAAGAAGAUCCGUACUCGUGUCAUCAAGAAGGUAAAGGGUGGCAAACAAGAGGUCACGAAGAUCGAAACCGUCGAAGAAGAUGACAAACAGCCCGAAACAACUGUCACAGUUGAAGAAACUCCUGCUGACGUAGCACCCGAAGAAGUGAAAGAAAUGCCAGAAGAAGUACGUGUGGUAGAAACUAUUUCUGAAGACGGCAAACCAAAGAAGAAGAAGAUCCGUACUCGCGUCAUCAAGAAGGUGAAGGGUGACAAACAAGAGGUCACGAAAAUAGAAACCGUGGAAGAAGAUGACAAACAGCCCGAAACAACUGUCACAGUUGAAGAAACUAAUGUCGAGGAGACACCCGAAGAAGUAAAAGAAAUGCCCGAAGAGGUUCGUGUCAUUGAAACCAUUUCUGAAGACGGCAAACCAAAGAAGAAGAAGAUCCGUACUCGUGUCAUCAAGAAGGUAAAGGGUGACAAACAAGAGGUCACGAAGAUCGAAACCGUCGAAGAAGAUGAUAAACAGCUCGAAACAACUGUCACAGUUGAAGAAACUCCUGUCGAGGAGACACCCGAAGAAGUGAAAGAAAUGCCCGAAGAGGUGCGCGUGAUUGAAACCAUCUCUGAAGACGGCAAACCGAAGAAGAAGAAGAUCCGUACUCGUAUCAUCAAGAAGGUGAAGGGUGGCAAACAAGAGGUCACGAAGAUCGAAACCGUCGAAGAAGAUGAUAAACAGCCCGAAACAACUGUCACAGUUGAAGAAACUCCUGCUGACGAAGCACCCGAAGAAGUGAAAGAAAUGCCAGAAGAAGUACGUGUGGUAGAAACUAUUUCUGAAGACGGCAAACCAAAGAAAAAGAAGAUCCGUACUCGCGUCAUCAAGAAAGUGAAGGGUGACAAACAAGAGGUCACGAAAAUAGAAACCGUGGAAGAAGAUGACAAACAGCCCGAGACAACUGUCACAGUUGAGGAAAUUCCUAUGGAAGAAUCACCCGAAGAAGUGAAAGAAAUGCCAGAAGAGGUUCGUGUUGUUGAAACCAUCUCUGAAGACGGAAAACCAAAGAAGAAGAAGAUUCGUACUCGUGUCAUCAAGAAGGUAAAGGGUGGCAAACAAGAGGUCACGAAAAUCGAAACCGUCGAAGAAGAUGAUAAACAGCCCGAAACAACUGUCACAGUUGAAGAAACUCCUGUCGAGGAGACACCCGAAGAAGUGAAAGAAAUGCCCGAAGAGGUGCGUGUGAUUGAAACCAUCUCUGAAGACGGCAAACCAAAGAAGAAGAAGAUCCGUACUCGUGUCAUCAAGAAGGUAAAGGGUGGCAAACAAGAGGUCACGAAGAUCGAAACCGUGGAAGAAGAUGACAAGCAGCCCGAAACAACUGUCACAAUUGAAGAAACUCCUUUCGAGGAAACACCCGAAGAAGUGAAAGAAAUGCCCGAAGAGGUACGUGUGGUUGAAACAAUUUCUGAAGACGGCAAACCAAAGAAAAAGAGGAUCCGUACUCGUGUCAUCAAGAAGGUUAAGGGGGGCAAACAAGAGGUCACGAAAAUAGAAACCGUCGAAGAAGAUGACAAACAGCCCGAAACAACUGUCACAGUUGAAGAAACUCCUGUCGAAGAAGCACCCGAAGAAGUGAAAGAAAUGCCAGAAGAAGUACGUGUGGUUGAAACUAUUUCUGAAGACGGCAAACCAAAGAAGAAGAAGAUCCGUACUCGCAUCAUCAAGAAGGUGAAGGGUGGCAAACAAGAGGUCACGAAAAUAGAAACCGUCGAAGAAGAUGACAAACAGCCCGAAACAACUGUCACAGUUGAAGAAACUCCUGUUGAGGAAGCUCCCGAACAAGUCAGAGAAAUGCCGGAAGAGGUUCAUAUUGUUGAAACCAUCUCUGAAGACGGCAAACCAAAGAAGAAGAAGAUCCGUACUCGUGUCAUCAAGAAGGUGAAGGGUGGCAAACAAGAGGUCACGAAGAUCGAAACCGUCGAAGAAGAUGAUAAACAGCCCGAAACAACUGUCACAGUUGAAGAAACUCCUGUCGAGGAAACACCCGAAGAAGUGAAAGAAAUGCCCGAAGAGGUGCGUGUGAUUGAAACCAUCUCUGAAGACGGCAAACCAAAGAAGAAGAAGAUCCGUACUCGUGUCAUCAAGAAGGUGAAGGGUGACAAACAAGAGGUCACGAAAAUAGAAACCGUCGAAGAAGAUGACAAGCAGCCCGAAACAACUGUCACAAUUGAAGAAACUCCUGUCGACGAUGAACCAGAAGAAGUGAAAGAAAUGCCUGAAGAGGUACGUGUUGUGGAAAUAAUUUCUGAAGACGGCAAACCAAAGAAAAAGCACAUCCGUACUCGUGUCAUCAAGAAGGUUAAGGGUGGCAAACAAGAGGUCACGAAAAUAGAAACCGUGGAAGAAGAUGACAAACAGCCCGAAACAACUGUCACAGUUGAAGAAACUCCUGUUGACAUAGUACCCGAAGAAGUGAAAGAAAUGCCAGAAGAAGUACGUGUGGUUGAAACUAUUUCUGAAGACGGCAAACCAAAGAAGAAGAAGAUCCGUACUCGCGUCAUCAAGAAGGUGAAGGGUGACAAACAAGAGGUCACGAAAAUAGAAACCGUGGAAGAAGAUGACAAACAGCCCGAAACGACUGUCACAGUUGAAGAAACUCCUGUCGACGAAGCACCCGAAGAAGUGAAAGAACUGCCGGAAGAGGUACGUGUGGUUGAAACAAUUUCUGAAGACGGCAAACCAAAGAAAAAGAGGAUCCGUACUCGUGUCAUCAAGAAGGUUAAGGGGGGCAAACAAGAGGUCACGAAAAUAGAAACCGUCGAAGAAGAUAACAAACAGCCCGAAACAACUGUCACAGUUGAAGAAACUCCUGUUGACAUAGUACCCGAAGAAGUGAAAGAAAUGCCAGAAGAAGUACGUGUGGUUGAAACUAUUUCUGAAGACGGCAAACCAAAGAAGAAGAAGAUCCGUACUCGCGUCAUCAAGAAGGUGAAGGGUGACAAACAAGAGGUCACGAAAAUAGAAACCGUGGAAGAAGAUGACAAACAGCCCGAAACGACUGUCACAGUUGAAGAAACUCCUGUCGACGAAGCACCCGAAGAAGUGAAAGAACUGCCGGAAGAGGUACGUGUGGUUGAAACAAUUUCUGAAGACGGCAAACCAAAGAAAAAGAGGAUCCGUACUCGUGUCAUCAAGAAGGUUAAGGGGGACAAACAAGAGGUCACGAAAAUAGAAACCGUCGAAGAAGAUGACAAACAGCCCGAAACAACUGUCACAGUUGAGGAAACUCCUGUCGACGAAGCACCCGAAGAAGUGAAAGAAAUGCCAGAAGAAGUACGCGUGGUGGAAACUAUUUCUGAAGACGGCAAACCGAAGAAGAAGAAGAUCCGUACUCGUGUCAUCAAGAAGGUGAAGGGCGACAAACAAGAGGUCACGAAAAUAGAAACCGUGGAAGAAGAUGACAAACAGCCCGAAACAACUGUCACAGUUGAAGAAACUCCUGUCGAGGACGCUCCCGAAGAAGUUGAAGAAAUGCCUGAAGAGGUACGGUUAGUUGAAUCUACAGCCGAAGAUGGAAAGCCUAAAACGAAAAAGAUUCGUACUCGUGUCAUUAGAAAAGUUAAGGGUGACAAACAAGAGGUCAUGAAGAUCGAAACCGUCGAAGAGGAGGAUAAGCGACCGAAAACAACUAUCACUGUUGAAGAAACUCCAGUCGACGGAGCACCCGAAGAAGUCAAAGAAAUGCCCGAAGAGGUGCGUGUGAUUGAAAGCAUCUCAGAGGACGGCAAACCAAAGAAGAAGAAGAUCCGUACUCGUGUCAUCAAGAAGGUGAAGGGUGACAAAGAAGAGGUUACAAAGAUCGAAACCGUAGAAGAAGAUAACAAGCAACCCGAAAUAACUGUGACCGUGGAAGAAACACCGAUUAGAGAAUUGAUAUCGCAAUCCCGAUUGAAGAAAAGAAUUUUCGUCAAAAAACCCACCGACGAAGUUUCUGUGGUUGAGUUUCCAGAACAAAAAUCUAUUGUUAUAUCGGAAAAGGAAGAUGGUACGCCUACCAAGACUGUUAUAAAAACAAAAAUUAUUAAAAAAAUUGACGGACCUAAAAUGGAGAUUACGAAAGUAGAGACAAUUGAAGAGUUUGAAAAAAUACCUAUUACUAAAGUUACGGUGAAAGAAUACGAUGAGCCCUUCCCUGAUGUAGAGCAAUCUAACAAGGAAGAGAAACCGAUACCAAUUCAGGAAUUACCAGAAGAGAUCGUGUUUGCAGAAAUAGUUGAUAAAAAUAAAAAACCAAAGCAGAAGAUAACCAAAACCAGAACAUUUAAAAAAGAAGCGUCCCCUGAACCAGAAUUUUAUCAAAUUCAAACUAUUGAGGAAGAGGGAAAAGAACCUUUCUCUCUCAUUCGUGUUGUUAGUGAUGAUAACAUUGCGGACAUAAUUGAUAUUAGCCUGUUAGAAGACGAAAAGAAACCAUCUCGCAAAAAACCCAAAACACUACACAAAUCCAAGGAGGAAAAACCUACACCAGAACACUUAACAAAGGAAAAACCCGUUUUCGUUACUACAUUCAAAUCCGUUCAAAAUGAAGACGGCGAAACUGUUAUUGAAACAGAAAAUAAGAAAAUGACUGAAGAGGAAGGCAUCGUCGUCGAAGAAGUUCUUAGCGAUACUGAACCAGUUGUGAAUGAGGAUCAAUCCACCGUAAAGAAUGUAGAAAUUGUAGAAGUCGACGGAUACACAGACCAAGAUAGCAAAGAGUACACAAUAACAGAGCCAGAUGAUGUCAUUGAAGACAUUACACAAACACCUGAAACAGAUAAGAAAACGAAACAUAGAAUUAAACAAAAAACGACACAAAAACCAUUUGAAAGCAUCGACGAAUCUCCCGACGAAGUGGUUAUCGAAUAUAUGCCUGAAGAGGUAUUCGAAGUACAACAGUCUGUAGAUAUGAAUGAAGAAGACUUAAAUGAACCAAAAGUGACUAUGGUUAAGAAGAGAAAAAUUAAGAAAAAGGUGGGUGGUCGUGAACAAGUAAUUGAGGUGGUUACUACAAAAGAAGAAGGUAAAGACGAAGAGAGUACAGUGGUGGUUCUUUCGGAAGAUGAAGAAAAGCCUGAGGAUACGCCAGCAACAAAUUACCAAGUUCAGGUAAUUGAAGAAAAGCCGGUGCUGAAGAAAAAACGGAAAACUAAGAAGGUUGUGAAAAAAGAUGAUUUGGAUGAAUAUAUACAAUUUCUUAUACAGCAAGAAAUACCCAAAACUGUGCUUCAAGAGUAUAAACGCGUUGACAUAGAGAUGCCUCAGAGAGCUCGCCGAGACUCAGCUUUGCCACAAAAGCCAAUCAAAUUGGUCCCAAUGAAGAUUGAAAGUGUUGAGGUAAAGAAAUCUAAGCCAAUUGAAAUUACAUCAGUAGCGGAAUUCCCGCAAAUGCUUAAACUGAAAAAACCGAAGCAAAAGCCAAAAGAAGAGAAGCCCAAAAAGGACGAGGCUGUCUUCAAGAAACCCAAAUUAAAGAGUUGGAUCAAUUUUAUACCAUUUUCCCCUUACUGUUUCAAGCCUACCAUAACCGAAUUGGAAACUAAUCGGGGCUCUGGAGAGUUAUCAAGAAGUAUAGAAGAAGCGCUAAGCAUUGUAAAGAAGCGCCGUGUUAAAAUCAAGCAAAGUGAAAAGCCGGAAAGGGAACUUGAAACACUUGAUCUGGGAACAUUUGAGGAUACCAAAUUGGAAGAAGUACAGCCAGAACGGAUAGAGAAAUAUAAGCGUCCAAAGAAGCAAGCCAAGGCUGAAGCUAUCGAUGCACCGAAAAAGAUAACUUUAGGAAAAGGAAAAUUACCCGAAAAUGAAAAUUACAUCGAAGAGAUCAGUCUAAAGCCGAUUGAUAAGCAGGAAUCGGAAGAUUUUGUGGCUGAAACGCCUCAUGAACCUGUAGAAGAAAAGCCAAAACGAAAGAAGCGCGGCAGAAAGCCUGGCGUGGGAGAUAGUUCCAUACAAUUUGAGCCACUCGAAUUCGAGGAAUUGGAGUCAGAAGAUGAACCAAUUUCGGAAGGAUCCCACACAUCUCAGCCUGAUGUAGAUAUUUCACCAGAAAAGCCAAAAUACAAACGAAAGAAGAAAACACCAUCGCAGCCAGAAUCAGUACAAUAUCCUAUAAAGCCACAAAAACCAAAGGACGAGGAAAGUUUGCCGCAACCAGAGUUGAAACUGCGUAAACCGCAAUCUAAAAAACCAGAAAGCGAGGAAGGGGAAAUAAAGUUAAAGCCUUUCCACAAAAUUGAAAUAAUUGAAAUUGAACCAGAAACAAGUGUACAGCCAACAGCGCCCGGAGCUAAGAAACGUCCUAGAAAAAUACGCAAACUUAAACAUGAAACACCGGCUGAGGAAAAUAUAAUAGAAAUAAUUGAAAUUGCGCCAGCAACGUCGGAAGGUGAACCCACUUACGAAGUGAAUGUAACUACAACGGAUGUAAGUGAGGUCGAUGAGAAAAAGCCUAAAACAAAGUCAGUUAAAAAGAAGAGAGUAAAGAUAAUGAAGGAUGAGGAACUGGAUGAUUUCAUCGCCGAAUUGACCGAGGCACCUGAAGACCAAAUAUAUGACUUUAGCACCGUGGACUUCUAUGAAAUUAAAGUACAAGAACUACAACCAGAAUUCAUUGAAGAGACUACUGUCAAGGAGGACGGUAAGGUUCAAACGGAAAUACGCAAAAAGCGAAAGUUACUACAUAAGAAGGGCAAUGAAGAGAGUGUAAUCGAAAUCGUUGAAGCAACAACACCGGAUUCAAAGGAAACUCUGUACGAAGUGCUUGUUGUUGACAUGGAGGAACAAAAACCAGAUUCAGCAGACAAGCCACGGAAGAAAAAGACGAAAAAGUUGAAAAAAGACGAACUGGACGAAUACAUUCAACAGCUAAUUAAUGCUGAAAUUUCUAGAACCGAACUCGAAAAAUACGAGAAGAUUGAUAUCGACGGUAAGCCUAAAAAACCAAAGAAAACUAAGAAGUCACCACAAAAAGCCGUUUUGGAAGAGCCUGAAACCUUGGAAGUUGGUGUAGUAGAAACGAGUCCUAAGGAAACACCUAAACAGAAAAAGCCAAAGAAGAAAAUGGUCAAAUUGGAAGAAACGGCAACAGAAGGACCAAUAGAAAUACCUGGCGCUGAAUUUACAGUUAAUGUUACAGAGACUCCGCCUAUCAAACUCAGUUCAGAGAGUUCUGUGGAAGAUAUUUUGGACGUGAAAGAGACAGUACCUAUCCCAGUUACUGCUGGUGAUGAUGCGCAGAUUGUUGAAACGUCCGAAAAUGUUGAGGUUAUCACAAAGAAAGAACCUGACGGUACAGUCAAAGAACAAACUGUUACAAAACGCAAGUUCAAGAAAAAGAAAGGUGAUAAGUUCUAUACUGUAGAGGUUAUAGAGACGCAGGUACAGGAUGAACCAGAGGCGGAAGUAACAGUUAUAACAACAGAAGUUGUGGAAACAUCUGAGGAGUCCCUGCCGGAGAAGCGCAAACGUGUACCAAAAAAAUUGACUAAAAAGAUCAAGAAAGAAGAGCUACCGAACUACAUUAUGAAAGUUGUUGAAGAACUACCAGAAGAAUUUAAGGUACAGCCGAAGGAAGAAGUGGAAGAAAUACCUGAAAGUAUUGAGAAACCAUUUGACGAGAACAUUUUCUUCAGGACUACUGUUGUAGAAGAAGACGCUGGCCAGCCAGAAUUACCAGAAGCUGAAAACGUUUUACCUAUGAAGGAAGAAGUGGAAGAGAAAACGAAGAAGGUUAAAAAGCCAAAGAAAGUUAAGAUUGUGGAAUCUGAAUCAAAAUCGCAUGAAGAAAUUCCACGAGAAAUUGAAGUGCAACCUGAUGCGGAGAUUGAUAUCAACGAAUCGACUGUGCCAGAAGGCUACAGCAUCGAUGUACAAGAAGAAGAUAAGAAAAGAUCAAAGAAAACAAAACGUACUAAGCCAAAAGAAGAGAAAGUUGUUGAAGAGUAUGUCAUUCGUAUUGAAGAAUCAGCACCUGAAGUUACUACCACUGAAAUCGUUGACGAACAGGGUGAUAUCACAAAACAUAUAACGACUAAGCGAAAACUUAAGAAGAAGGAAGGUCCAAAGGAAUAUGUUAUAGAAGUUGUGGAGACGUUUGAAGAAAAUAAACCCGAUGAGGUGGAAUUAACUGUGUCGACAAUAGAAGUGGUGCCAACAGAUGCUGGUCAAGAUAUAGUAGAAAAAGGAAAGACUAUUAAAAAACUCAAAAAGAAGAAAACUCCUAAAGACGACUUCGAUGAGUAUUUACAACAGCUUAUUGAACAGGAAAUACCGAAAACCGAAUUAGAGGAAUUUACGCCGAUUGAAUUUGGCAAAACUGUUAAGAAGCCUAAAAAGAAAACGAAGCAACAUAAGAAAACGGUUGAAGUAGUUGACGGAGUGGCUGUUACAAUUCAUGAGUUCGAUGUUGAAGAUAUACCCAGCGAAAAAGAAGAGGAAGUUGAAGAAACAUUAGCUGAGGUUGUUGUUGAAGAUGAGCAAAUUAAGCCUGACGAUAGCAAAGAAUUUAGAGUUGGUGUAACCGAGGAGCAAGUUGAGCCGAUGAGAUUUGAUGAAACAACUACAGAAGAACGUCCUACAAAAAUAAGAAAGCCUAAAAGGCCAAAGGAGACACCGGCCGAAGAAGCUCCUGUGAUUUUGGAAGAACUCGAGCAAACGGUAACGACGAUCAAGGAAACAGAUGAGAAGGGCGAUAUCAAAGAAAAAACUGUGUCUAAGCGAAAGGUUAAACGUAAGCAAGGACCCAAAGAAGCGGUAUUCGAAAUAUCCGAAAUAACCGAGGGCGAAGAUCAGCCGGUUGCCGAAGUAACAAUUGUGCAAAUUGACGAAACUGAGCCGACUCUCGAAGAUGAGAAAGCUGUUAAACCAAUUAAAAAAGUUGUCAAAAAACCAAAGACCAUACCAAAAGAAGAUAUUCAAAACUAUUUGGUAAAUGUCAUUGAAGAGUUCAUUCAAAAGGAAACGGCACCAGAAAGCGAGGAAGAAACUAUAGACGAUGUUAAUCAGGAUGCAAAGAAGAUAGUUCGCAAGGCAAAGAAGCAUAAGGUGAAGGUAACAGAGAAAGAGCUGCAUGAAGAAGAUAACACCCUUCCUGAAGAUGAUGUUACAUUGAUAGAAGAUUACCCAGAGACCGUUGACCAAGUAGAAAACGAAUACGAGGUAGGCAUAACAGAAUCCUUGGCACCUGAACAGCCUAUUAAGAAGGUACACAAAAAGAUGAAGAAACAGAAAUCGGUCACGAAAGUGCCCGAAGACGAUACUGAGGCAUUCAAAGUACGCGUUUCAUCUUUUGAAGACAUAUCCGAAAAGGAAACUCCAGUCGAAGAGGAAACUCAGAUUCUGCUAGAAGAGACACAGCCUGUGAACUACUUUAAUGUUGUGAUAGAAGAAAUUGAAACAACACAGGAUGUGAAGGAAAUAAUAGAUGAGACUGGAGAAAAAAUAAAACAGAUAACGAAGAAACGUAAGAUAAGAAAAGCAGUUGGACCGAAAGAAGAAAUUAUUGAAAUUAUUGAAACACAAUUGGAAGACUCGCCAGUAGCGGAAGUAACAGUAUUAGUGCAGGAAGUGGAGAAACUGCCGGACACAACCGAGGAUGAUAAGCCCAAGGCUAUCAAACCUAAGAAAGUAAAGAAGGUUAAAAAGGACGACCUUAUGGAAUAUAUUUACAAACUAAUUGAAGAGGAUAUUCCGAAAACGGAACUAGAAAAGUACGAGAGAGUCGACCUGGAAGAGCCAAUAAAGCUUAAAAAGAAGAAAAAGCCUGUAAAGAAGGACGUUACUUUAACUGAAGGGGAAUCGGUAAAUCAAGAAGAACAACCGUAUCAAAUUGAUGUUACAGACAUCGAAGAUGUUAAGUCAAAGAAGCCAAGAAAGAAACCAGUUAAAGAUAUUGUCGUUAAGGAAGAGGACGUACAAGAUGAACAACCUGAGCAAGAGAUAACUGUGGUAAGUGUGGACGAAAAUAUCCCCGAAAAGCCAAAGAAGUCCAAGAAGUUCUCCGUAUCUGUUAGCGAAAGUUCGCCGGAAGAAGUAUUAGAUGAAGAAUACAAAGUGGAAAUCAUUGAAGAAACUGUUGAAAAACAAAUAUCUACCGACCAAAGCGGUGAAGUUAAAGAAAAAAUUGUGAAGAAGAAAAAGGUUAAACAUACAAAGGGGCCCGAGGAAGUAGUCCUAGAUAUCGUGGAAGUGCAUGAUAAAGAUUCUGAUGAAGCCGAAAUAACAGUCAUAGCCACAUCUCCUAGCAAGGACGUUGAUGCUCCUCAGAAAGUCGAAAUUAAACAAAAGAAAACCAAGAAAUUAAAAACUAAAGAUGCUCCAGAGUAUAUAGCGAAAAUUGUCGAGGAAAUUCCGGCUGAGAUUUUCGAUGAAUAUAAACACGAAGAAACUUCGGAAACUCCAACGAAACCAGGCAAAAAACCAAAACACAAGGUUAAACAAAUUGAUGAAGAUAAUAUUAAAGAAGAAGAGAAAGUUCAUGAAUUUACCACACUAGUUGUUGACGAAGAACCAACAAAACCAAUUGAGGAUGACUUUGAAGUAAAAAUUAUUGAAGACGAUAUCAAACCGAAGAAAAAGAAAUCCACAAAAUUGAAAAUGCAGGUAAAGGAAGAUGAGAAGCCUGAAAAUAUUCCAGCAGCUGAAGUAACAGUUAAAGACAUAGAACCCGAAGAUGUCGACACUGAGGAAUAUCCUUCUGAUGAAAUAAAAUUGAUUGAAGAAGAAAAUGGAUCACUUUCGGAUCAUGAAUUUGAAAUAGCAGCAACUGAAGAAGAGGCCAAGCCGAAGAAGAAGAAGCCAACAAAACCAAAAGUAAAGGUCGUGGAAGAGGAUAAACCGGAUGAGGAAGCUCCGACUGCAGAAAUUAACGUUAUAGAAGAACAACCUACCACUGAGGUGGAGGAAUUCGAAAUAACAGUAACUGAAGAUCAUGUAAAACCGAAGAAGAAGAAACCGACGAAGCAAAAGAUAAAGGUCACUGAGGAAGAUAAACCAGAGGAAAUAGCUUCCGAAAUAGUCUCAAUUGAAGAAACGAAGCCACAAGAAGAGCUGGAGGAGGCACCAUCUGAAGAAAUAAAGGUUACCGAAGAGCAACCUACCACUGAGGUUGAGGAAUUCGAAAUCACGGUAGCUGAAGAUCAUGUAAAACCAAAGAAGAAGAAACCGACGAAACAAAAGAUCAAGGUCACUGAGGAGGAUAAACCAGAGGAAAUAGCUUCCGAAAUAGUCUCAAUUGAAGAAACGAAGCCACAAGAAGAGCUGGAGGAGGCACCAUCUGAAGAAAUAAAGGUUACCGAAGAGCAACCUACCACUGAGGUUGAGGAAUUCGAAAUCACGGUAGCUGAAGAUCAUGUAAAACCAAAGAAGAAGAAACCGACGAAACAAAAGAUUAAGGUCACUGAGGAAGAUAAACAAGAGGAAAUACCUUCCGCAAUAGUCUCAAUUGAAGAAACGAAGCCACAAGAAGAGCUGGAGGAGGCACCGUCGGAAGAAAUAAAGGUUGCCGAAGAACAACCUACCACUGAGGUUGAUGAAUUCGAAAUCACGGUAACUGAAGAUCAAGUAAAACCAAAGAAGAAGAAACCGACGAAGCAAAAGAUUAAGGUCACUGAGGAAGAUAAGUCAGAGGAAAUACCUUCUGAAACCGUAUCAAUUGAAGAAACAGAGCCCAAAGAUGUGAGUGAGGAAGCUCCGUCUGAAGAAAUCAAAAUUACCCCAGAACAACCUUCCUCCGUCGUUGAGAACUUUGAGAUCACAGUGACCGAAGAGCUUGCAAAGCCAAAGAAAAAGAAACUCGUCAAGGAAAAGAGCAAGGUUCUUGAGGAGGAUAAACCCGAAGAGGUACCUUCUGAAACAGUCGCUGAGCCAGUAAAUGUAGAAGAAAUCGAAUCGAAGACAGAAGUGAAAGAAGUUAUUGACGACAAAGGUGAAGUCCAGAAACAGGUAGUGAAAAAACGCAAAUUAAAACGUCAACAAGGGUCAAACGAGGAUGUUAUCGAAAUAAUAGAGGUUCAAACAGGCGACCAGCCUGAAGCGGAAGUUACUAUUAUAGAAACACCAGCCGAAGAUAAAGAAGCAGAGAAGAGCGGUAAGCCUAAGGUUCAGAAAAAGAAAGUAAAGAAGGUCAAGCAGGACGACUUACACGACUACAUUCAGAAAUUGAUUGAGGAAGAAAUACCCAAAACUGAAUUAGAAAAAUAUGAAAAAAUCGAAUUCGAAACUAUUCCAAAGGUUAAAAAAGAGAACGAAGAGCCUUUUGACACUUCAAUCGAAGAAGAAACUCCUAAAGCAUUCGAGAAACGGGAACCGAAGAAAAAGACUAAAACUAAGAAACCUCAAGAGAGUGUAGAGGAACAGCCUUUGGCCGAAGUGCAUGUUGUGGAGGAACAUAAGGAAGAAACCGAAGCAAUAUUGCCAAUCAAAAUAAUCGAAUCAGAGGCACCCGAAGAACCAAUUAUUAUAACAGAAGAAACUCCAGCUGAGGUUAAAGUUGAAGAAAUUGUCGAUCAACAAGGAGAACCAAUCCAGCAAGUUACCACCAAACGAGUACUUAAAAAGAAAGAAAAGGGCAAAAAAGACAGCACUAUAAAUAUUGUAACAGUUCAAGAUGACACAAGCCCUGAGGUAACUGUCAUAGUCAGCGAAGAACCAGAAACAGAGCCUAUUGCUCCCUUAGAGCAACCAGAGCAAACUGUACACACUGUAGAACAGAAGCCGAAGAAGCCUAAAAAGACCAUAAAGAAAAUUAAAAAGGAUGAUCUAGAUGAUUACAUACAAAAAUUAAUAGAAGAAGAAAUACCAAAAGUAGAACUAGAACAAUAUGAAAAGGUCGAUGUUCCAAUAACUAAAAUACCGAAAGAAAAAGACACUAUCAAGCCACAAGACACCGAAUCAUUGGAAAUAUCUGAAAUACCCGAUGACAAAGAAAAGUCAGAUAAGCGUAAAAAAUCAAAGAAACCCACAGAAAAACCAAUACCUUCUGAAACCACACUAAGUCAAGAAACACCACUCACAGACACAACAGACGAAAUACCUACCAUAGUCGAAGAAACCACUAAACCCAAAACACGAAAACAACCUAAACAGCCACAAACACAAUUAGAGGACACAGAACAAAUCACACCAUUAGUUCAUGAGGACGAACCAACAACAACAGCAACCACAUCGGAUACAACUGAUACAAAACAAAAAACAAUAAAACAUAAGCCAAAAGAACAAAAAAUCACAGAUGAUACAAGUAAGUGCAUUUGCGACAUUUGUUGCUCGCCAGCAAAAUUGUUGCUAUGCUCAAAACCUUCGUUGCUACAAAUUUACAUAAUACUAUCUAUCUACUUCCUACUUGCAAAACAAUCCAAAUCCAAGCAAAUUUACAUUUUUAUAAUUUACUACGUAUUUACUAUCUACUAUAGUUAUUUGUUCUGCUAUAUUUUCCCUCUCUGCUAUUGA